AUGAUUUACAUCCGCUAUUGGGUUAGUCCGAGAAAACCAAAACUAGGUGUCUGUGCUCUAAUCGGUGCCAACAUGUGGUCUAUAAUAUCAGUGUUUCAUAUCGUGUACUCCAAUGGCAUCACCACUGAAGUCAUAUCAGAUGUUAUGGCUUUCACUACUUAUGUCGUCAGUUCUGUUUAUAUACGGGGUCACACUAUUUGUAUGAGACAUACAUCCAUAUUUGGAGGCCUACCUAUUCCAGACCCCUUUAGCUGA